AUGUCGGAGGAAGAUCUUCAAGGGUCUGGGAUUUCAGAGAAUUCUUCUCAACGCUCUACUCAGCGGACACUAACCAUUGAGGAAAAGAAUAAGAUAUUCCGCAAGUGUACAUACACUGAUCCGAAAGGAAUCAUCUUUGGACUUGGGGAACUACCCUUGAUGGUUGUCAGCGGAAAGCGGAAAGAAAGCUUUGCAAGCUCCACUGUUCCGGAACUUUCACAUUUCCAAGACCAACUACAUGAAGCUCAGCGUAAGAUUGAUGCUCAAGAGGCGGAAAAUUCUCGACGUGAUGAGGAACACCGCAAAGCUCAUGAAAAGAUCUCUGAAAUGUCAAAGCUUCUAAGGUACUUGAAGAACUCUGAUCCCCUCAUCGCAGAAUACAUGGGUAAACAAGAUGAGCAGGAGAACAGUCCCACCGAGGUACAAGAAACCGCACAAGAUAAGAAACCAAACAGCACACCACUCGACGCACCAGCCACCGCUUAA